GCUGUGGCCUCUCAGGUGUGAAUGCUGGGGUUGGGGGCUCCGUGCCUGGUGGAGAUAACACCAGGAUUUCCUGGGACAAACAACUUGGUGGCUGCUCCAGCUGCUGUGAGUCCAGCAGCUGCCUGUGGCACUGGCAUUGCUCUGCGGGGGCCACACGUGUGGCCCUUCCCAGGCCUGUCGGGCUGUGCCACGUUUGCUUUUGCUUGCCUUUAUAAAGAGGAGGUGCAGGAGCUUCCUCUGCUCCUUCCCAGGCUCUGUCCCCAGCACAGCCUUCGCUAUGGACGGCUUGAAUGUCUCCAUUGCUUUUUUUUUCCUGGGUUUUGGGGUGUGCCAGGUGCUCAGGUGGCUUUCCAAGAGGCUCCUGUCCCCCGGGACACAUGGCUGCCUCGCCAGGGAAUUUGCUGGCUCGUUGCAGCUGUGCAUGAGCUGCCUCGAGCUGAGGAUGCUGAUGGAGAUCGGCCCCUGGGGUGGUGGCUUUGGCCUGGACGUCGUCCUGACCCUGCUCUUCCUCCUCUCCGCCGUCCACGGCGCCUCUUUGGACGGAGCAUCCGCCAACCCGACCGUGUCCCUGCAGGAGUUCCUGCUCCUGGAGUCCAGCCUGGCAGCCGUGGUGGCCAAGCUGCUGGCGCAGGGUGUGGGUGCAGGGGCGGGCUGGGCUCUCACCCGGCUCUACUGGUCCUGGGAGCUGACCCAGCUGCACUUCAUCCAGAACCUGAUCGCGCCCGAGUGCAGCUCCUCCAUCCGCGCCUCCCUGCCCCACGCUGCCUUCGUGGAGGGCUCCUGCUCCUUCCUGUUCCACCUGGUCCUCCUCAAGGUGCGACAGAGCCACCCCCUGUACCGGGUCCCUGCGCUGGCAGCGACUGUCACCUUCCUGACCUACACAGGUGAGCGGCGCUGGCGUAUCUUCUCCCCAGUCGUUUGGAAAAGCACCUCACUUGUGGGGGAGGAACGGCCCCCUGUUUUUCAUCUUCCAGGACUGGAGAGGCAGGGGUUAACAGGCUGGACCGUACACGGGGGCCUUCUUCAACCCUGCCCUGGCCACAGCCACCACCUUCCACUGCUCGGGGAGCAGCUUCUGGGACUACAUCCAGGUGUACUGGCUGGGGCCCCUCACAGGGAUGCUCGCUGCCCUCCUGCUGUUCCAGGGCAACAUCCCACGCCUCUUCCAGAAAAACCUCCUCUACAGCCAGAAGAGCAAAUACAAGGUGCCCAAGGCAAAGGUGACAGCGCAGGUGGAGGGUGACAAACCACAGAAGAAGAGGAAAGGAGGGAAGAGCAACUCGGAGCCCCGUGCCUGAGCCCAGGGGUCCUGGCAGCCCUUUUCCUGGGAAAGGGUUUCCCGGUGUGGGGGAUUUUGCAGCUCGUUCAGUCCUUAAAGCAUCACAAAGGAAUCUUCGCAGGAUGCCCGAGCCCCUGAUCUCCUUUGGGAAUUGCUUUGAAAGCCUCCCUGGAGAGCCCGAAAUGUUUCAAGCCCGCAGUGCUGGCUCAGAGAGAAAACACGGGACACUUUUGCAUAAAUUGCUGGUUGCCUUGAACUGCCAGGAAUCUUACGGGGAACUGGGACCGUUCCAUGGGCAGGCUUGAGCAACCCGGGGUUACUGCAUCGUGCAAUGCCUGCAAUAACCCCACUGGGUCUCUUGCAGCCCUAAAAACAAAGUGUAAGCCAGUAACUGCCUUGGACACUUGGGAUGGGGAGGAAACAGGCUUUGAUCUUUCGAGUUAUUAACGGAUACUUGUUAAAAAUUGGUGGGGUUUGAGUUAAACUUGACCUGAAGUCCUUGAAUUGCACAGGCUGAACCUGGCAAGUCUUGGAGAGGAAUUAAAAAAGCCUCGAGGCAAUAAAGUUCACUGGCCAGGGGAGAACCUGCUCCUCUGGGGAUGUGCUUAGCCUGGGUUUUGGUGCUGUAAGAAAUGGUGUGCAAAGGGUCUGUGGUUAGAAAAAAAAUAAAAAUAAAAAAGAGACCCAGGCAGCUGCUGUGCAUCCCUGGGCUCUGCUCCGUGUCUACGUGAAA